AUGGAGACUGGCUGCUCAGUCUCAGACAGUUGCGGCGGCGGCUCGAAGAACGGUCGCUGCUGCACAGGGCCUCCAGCUCUAGUACCUCCAGCGCCAGCACCGCCAGCUCCAGUAGUGCCAGCUCCAGCGCCUCCAGCUCCAGUGCCUCCAGCUCCAGUGUCUCCGGCACCAGUGCCUCAAGCUCCAGCUCCUCCAGCUCCAGUGUCUCAAGCUCUAGCGGCUCCAGCGCCAGCGCCUCUAGCUACAGCACCUCCACCUCCAGCGGCUCCAACUCUACGGUCUCCACCUCCAGCGCCUCCAGCGCCUGUGCCUCCAGCUCCAGUGCCACCAGCUCCAGUGCCUCCCGCUCCAGCACCUCCAGCUCCACUAUCUCCAGCUACAGUGCCUCCAGAUUCAGCGCCUCCAGCUCUAGUAGCGUUGCGCCGGAGGCGAGUGCGCUGA